AUGCAUUCACCACCUAGAAAGCCUAUCCAGUCCCACACCCCCACGCCUAAAUCUACAUAUUCACCACCACCAAAGCGGAUAUCUGCGAUAUCAAACACUAGUACGAGUAUCACACCAAUACUGCGGAUUCAGUCCUAUGGAAGAUCCCCUCCAGUCCCACCUCAUGUCACCACAAAUCUUCUUAUAUCAAACCUCCACUGCCCGACUUGCAGUCAAACUAUCAAUGAGCUUCUUUCUCGACUGGCACCAGCCCCCUAUCGGAUUUCGACGAAUAUCCUAGAUCAUAGCGUCACAGUAGCCCAUAGUCAUUCUCUUGAUCCCAAAGAGAUAAUAAGAGUCCUCGUCGAAGCAGAGUUUGAGGUUGAUAGUGUCAGGGUUAUGGGCGCCGAUGGGUAUGGGAAGGAUGAUCCAGUAGAUGGUAGAGUCAUGACAUUUAAAGAAGAACCCGAGUCAGGUCUGGAAGAGAUUGCAGAACGGUUCAGGGAGGCCAUUGUCAGAAACAACGCCAAAGGCAAAAGAAAUCACGGAGGAGUGAAGCAUCUGGAAAACUGCGAACUUUGUAGGAAUGAGGCCGAGAUGCAGGUGAAGAAAUCACAUGGAGCUGGCAAAUCAGAAUAUACCGUCACUUCAUCAGAUAGCUUCUCGGACUCUUCGUCGCCCCAAAGUUCUCCUACAGAUUCUGAGUUCACAACAUCUCAAGUCGUACGAUCCCACCCAAAUUCAGCGACACGUUUACCCGCAGAGAAUGAAGGUCUUUACGAAGCUACUAUAUCGAUUGGUGGGAUGACUUGUGCAUCUUGCUCCAAUUCCAUUACAGAAAUUCUCGGAGGAUUACCAUUCGUCAAAUCCGUUAGUGUCAACCUCAUGGGCGGCAGCGGGACUGUUGUCUUUGAUGCCAAAGCCAGCGGUGGCGCCAAAGCCGGCGCUGACAAAGUUGUGAGUGAGGUUGAGGAUGCUGGAUUUGAGAGUGCUCUAGAGGCUCUCAAAUCCUUGGAAUCUAAGGGCGAGGAAGCAGGUUUAUAUGAGAUUGAGGUUGCGAGGGAGGUAGAUUUGAGAGUGGAUGGGAUGUUUUGUGAGCAUUGCCCUAAAAAGGUCAUUGAUGCACUUGAAUCAACAUUCCCGGAACUGGUCGUCGAAAAACCUCUUACUCUAGAGUCUCCGAUUGUUCGUAUCAAAUAUUACCCUUGUGCACCAAGCUUCACAUUACGCCAUAUCGUUGCAGCAAUAUCCUCCGCCUCGCCCAAUUUUAAUGUUUCGGUCUAUCAUCCACCUACGAUGGAAGAACGAUCCCGAAGACUCCAACUCCGGGAACGCAGACGAAUAUUGAUACGCUUGAUUCUCUGCAUAAUCAUUGCCAUCCCAACUUUCAUUCUCGGAAUUGUUUUCAUGACCCUGGUCCCCAAAAAUAACAAGACCCGUCUUUACAUCGAGGAGCCAAUGUGGGCAGGCCAAGCUACCAGGGUUGAAUGGGCUUUGUUCAUUCUAAGUACUCCAGUCAUGUUUUGGGUUGCGGACGUAUUUCACCGAAGAGCAAUCCGCGAGAUUAGAGCACUAUGGAGAAGAGGGAGUAAUGUUCCCCUUCUACGGAGGUUUUAUAGGUUCGGUAGUAUGAACUUGUUGAUUUCGUUGGGUGUCUCUAUCUCCUACUUUGCAAGUGUUGCGUUAUUGGCUAUGUCAGCAGCAAAACCAAAACUAGAGCCAGUACACGCAGGGAUGGAGGGGAUGGAUAUGGUUGCAAUGAAAAUUGAUCAUAUCACUACCUAUUUUGACUCGACAGUGUUGUUGACCAUGUUCUUAUUGAUGGGACGCUUUCUGGAGGCUUAUAGCAAAAGUAAGACCGCUGAUGCAGUGAGUUUACUGGGGAAUCUCCGCCCCGAUGAAGCCUUGCUUGUAGUGCAUGCUAGUGAUGAAGACAUGGGCGUCGAUUCUUCAUUUCUUUAUGAUGUUGGAAACCCAAUUGGAGAAAAGGAUCCCAGCAACACAGACUAUCCCGACAAUAGACCUUGGAAAACCCGAAAAAUCGAUACCGACCUCCUCGAGGUUGGAGACGUUAUCAGUGUUGUCCGCGGUUCCUCACCUCCUGCUGAUGGGAUUGUCGUCUCUGGCCAGUCCCAGUUUGAUGAAUCCUCACUGACAGGCGAAUCAAAGCUGGUACAUAAGUCUGAGGGAGACUCCGUAUUCAUCGGAACUAUCAACCAGGGACAAGUUGUCAACGUUCGUGUUGAAAGCGUUGGCGGUGAUUCCAUGUUGGAUCAGAUCGUUAAGGUUGUCCGUGAAGGCCAAACCCGUCGUGCACCAAUUGAGCGUGUUGCGGAUAUAAUCACUGGUUAUUUCGUUCCUGUUGUAACCCUUCUUGCCAUUGUUACCUGGCUCACCUGGUUGGGCUUGGGGAUGUCUGGAAGACUCCCUGAUAGCUAUCUUGAUCGGGAUCAGGGUGGAUGGGCAGUCUGGUCUCUCGGGUUUGCCAUCGCUGUCUUCGUUAUUGCAUGCCCUUGUGGUAUCGGUCUUGCCGCACCAACCGCAUUGUUCGUUGGCUCUGGAUUAGCAGCAAAAUACGGUAUUUUGGUGAAGGGAGGUGGAGAAGCCUUCCAGGAGGCUUCCAGGCUCGAUUGUAUUGUUUUCGACAAGACUGGCACUCUGACCCAAGGCGGUGAGCCAAAGGUUACAGACGAGAAGCUACUCACCCGCAACACCGAGACCAUAAAACUCAUCUAUACUGUCUCACAAAAAUUGGAAGAAGGUUCGGCACAUCCACUUGCCCGGGCUGUCGUUAAGCAUUGCGAGUUGAAGGAACAAAUUCGGCUUGACCCAACAGAAAUAGAAGAGGUUCCGGGUCGAGGAUUACAUGGAUUCUUCAAAUUCACCAAUGGUGAGAUCCUUGAGGCUAUCAUUGGCAACGAGCGUUUCAUGGAGGAAUAUGGUAUUCUUGGUUUAGAGCAACACAAUCCAGACUUGAACUCCUGGAAAAUGGCCGGCAAGAGCGUUGUGCUCCUUGCAAUUAGAUACGAUGAAAAGUUCGAGCUUAUGGCCCUAUAUUCCGCGACUGAUCCCAUUCGCCCUGAAGCGCCGGAGGUGAUUCAACGUCUUCAGGAGAACGGAAUCGGGGUCUGGAUGAUUUCUGGCGAUAAUCCAAAGACUGCUGUUGCUGUUGCUACAAUGGUAGGAAUUCCGGCGGAAAAUGUUAUCGCGGGAGUACUUCCAACAGAAAAGGCAGACAAGAUUCUUCACCUUCAGAAGAAUGCUCGAAAACGGCCACGAUCCCGCUUGUAUCAGAUGACCCAUCGUAAGAAGAGGUCCUCCAGGCUGCCCCACCGUGCCAUUAUCGCUAUGGUUGGAGACGGAAUUAAUGACGCCCCCGCCCUCACCGUCGCCGAUGUUGGUAUUGCCAUUGGCUCAGGCUCCGACGUAGCCAUUGGUAGCGCAAAAUUCAUCCUAGUAUCCUCAGACCUGCGCAGCUUGUUGACCCUGACCGAGCUCUCGAGAACCGUGUUCCGGCGGGUCAAGCUCAACUUCUUGUGGGCCUGUAUCUAUAACCUCUGCGCACUCCCAAUAGCGGCGGGAGUGCUGUAUCCUGCGGGAGGUGUGAGAUUGGACCCGGUUUGGGCGGCGCUGGCGAUGGCGCUGAGUAGUGUUAGUGUGGUGUGCAGUUCUUUGCUAUUGAAGACGAAGUGGUAUGGUGUUGGGUUUAGACCCAAGCAGGAGAGGUAUAAGCAGUAG